AUGGAAAAAAGGACCCCUGUGAAUGACUCAAAUUUAACAAGAACUAAAAAUUCUCUAAUAUCUCUGAACAAGAUAAGCAAUUUUGAAACCCAAGCAGAAGCGGAUAAAUGCUCUAUAUUUAUUGGAAAUAUUGAUCCCUCAGUAACUCCUGACGUCAUAGAAGAACAUUUUAAAGUUAGUGGUCAAAUAAAACGAAUUACGUUAUUUGGUGAUGGGCAUGCAUCACAUUCUAAAGGUUAUGCAUAUGUUGAAUUUAUCUCACCGUCUGGACAAGAGAAUGCCCUAAAAUUAAAUGGUUCAGUAUUAAAUAAUAAAAGAAUUAUUGUUCAGAAAAAGAGAACCAAUCUUCCUAGAUAUAAAAGAAAUAAUCAAGAUUCAAAGGGAGUAUAUUUCCAUGCCAAAUGGAAUUCAUCUAAAACUUCUGAUUCAAAACGUUAG